UUUAAAGCUCGUUACCAUCGUCGCUCGCCUGUAUAUAAAUACCCAGCUACAAAUACUAGGGUAUAUAAAGCCCCAAUUCUUCUCCCACUCGACUUCCAGCUUCAAUUCCAAACGAAUCUUAGAGCCCAUCGGCAUAAAAAUGGCGACGUUUGAGUUGUACAGGAGAUCGACGAUUGGCAUGUGCCUGACGGAGACACUUGACGAGAUGGUUUCAAGUGGUGUUCUUAGCCCUGAGCUUGCCAUUCAAGUCCUUGUUCAAUUUGACAAGUCGAUGACUGAAGCACUGGAAAACCGGGUGAAGAGCAAGGUUUCUAUUAAGGGACAUCUUCACACCUACAGAUUCUGUGACAACGUUUGGACUUUCAUCUUGCAAGAUGUUCACUUGAAGAGCGAAGAUUUCCAGGAGAACGUUGGUCACAUGAAGAUUGUGGCAUGUGACUCGAAGCUGCUCACACAGUGAGAAAAACAAAUGAAAGGGAGCACUUGCAAAGUUUGCGACGCCGAGGAUUAGUCACUUUGUAUGAACCAAACCUGUAUAAGCAUAAUAAAGCAAUGUCUUUCCAUUGUGUACCAGUGGAAUUAGAUGAGUAAAAAUCUGUAGGGAAUCUUAGAGAAAUUUGUGAUGAGCUUUCUAUCGAGAUAUGUAACUCGUAUAAUCAGUGGUCAUUCGAAUGUUAGCAGUAUGUUUUGUAUGUUGAACUAGAUACGAUUGGAAGAGGUUAAUGGGGAUGUGCUUGAUAAAAUUUGCUAGUUAUGUCAUAUUA